AACAACCUUUUCCAUGCAAAAAGUUGAAACAGAAAGCACAUAAGAAUGAUCUUAAUCUAUGAAACUUGACCCAGAAAAAUAAAAUAAGGGAACCAACGAUUUGAAUGAGCCUGCAGAAGCUGGGCAAUGUCCUGGUCAAUCGAAAUAUAAUUUCUCCAUUGCUAGCAGCUGGCUGGUUAAAGAAAUCUCUAGUAAUUGGCCACGCCAUGGUGAAACCUUAUUACCUGCUCUAGUGCUAUCUUAUAAACAUCAAGUAAUCUCAACAUAACUUGAAGAAGAAAGCAGCACAGAUACAUGGAAAUCAUGGCUCAAGCAGCUUUAGCAGGAGAGGUCAUCAAUCUCUUAUUUCCUGUCUUCCUCUCACUUUGCCUCUUCUUUCUCUUCAUCAAGCUCAUUAAAUCUGCAUCAUCAGCUACAGGUCCACCACUUCCACCAGGCCCACAUCCAUGGCCUGUCGUCGGCAACAUUUUUCGCCUGGGAAGGAAGCCCCAUGUUAGACUCAGCCAAUUAGCGCAAGUUCAUGGUCCUCUCAUGUCACUAAGUCUAGGCAGACAACUUAUCGUUGUUGCAUCAUCGCCUGCAACUGCAACCCAAAUUCUCAAGACCCAUGACAAAAUACUCUGUGGUCGCUAUGCUCCGGUCUCUAGCAGACGCAAUGAUCAAUUGAAGUAUCUGGAUAACUUCUUGUGGACUGAGUUGUUCUCAACCAGAGCAAUUGAUUCUCAGGCAGCUUUGAGGGAGAAGAAGGUCAGGGAGCUGAUACGCUAUCUGGGUUCAAAGGAAGGGGAAGUAGUGAACAUUGGAGAAGUAAUGUUUGCUACUGUUUUCAACAUCCUGUGUAAUCUUUUUCUGUCAAAAGACUUCAUUAGCCUGGAGGAUGAUGAGAUUAUGAAGGGAGGGAUUAAGAGACUUCUGAGGAGUAUUUCGGAGGUGGCGUCUACUCCAAACUUGGCUGAUCUUUUCCCCAUAUUAGGUCCAUUGGAUAUUCAAGGGCUAAACAAGAAGGCUAGAGAACUGUUUGUGAAAAUUACUGCCAUGUGGGAAGAUAUCAUCAAAGAAAGAAGAGAAGCACAGAGUGCUGGUGGCCAUGUUUCAAGGCAAAGGGAUCUUCUGGAUGUUCUAAUCGACAACAACUUCAGUGAUGAUCAGAUCAACAAUUUACUACUGAAGUUGUUCACUGCUGGUACACACACUAGUAGCUCAACAAUUGAAUGGGCAAUGGCGGAGAUGAUGAAAAAUCAAGAAUCCCUGGUCAAAGCUCGUAUAGAACUAGCAAGAGAGAUCAAAAGAGAAAACCAAGUAAGAGAGGCUGAUCUCUGUAACCUAGUAUACCUGAAUGCCUGUCUGAAAGAGACACUGAGACUACACCCUCCUGCGCCAUUCCUCCUCCCUCACCGAGCCAUCAAAACAUGCACAGUGAUGAAUUACACCAUUCCAAAGGACUCUCAGGUCUUUGUGAACGUAUGGGCAAUUGGGCGGGACUCCAUGGCUUGGAGCAACCCAUUAUCCUUCAAUCCAGAGCGCUUCCUCUCGUCAAAUUUGGGUUUCAUGGGGAAUAAUUUUGAGUUCAUACCGUUUGGUGCUGGAAGGAGAAUCUGCCCGGGACUACCCAUGGCUGGCAAGCAAAUUCAACUAAUCAUGGCCUCCUUGAUCUACUGCUGUAAUUGGUCUCUCCCAAAUGGCACUCACCCAUCCACGCUAAACAUGAAUGACAAGUUGGGGGUUGUGUUGCAGAGGGAACAACCUCUACUCCUCAUUCCUAAACUGAGAAGGAGAAAUUAUUAACAAAUUUCUUUUCUUGUAGAUUGUGUACAACUAUACAUUGAUUCGUUGGUUAAUUGGUUGAGAAACUAUUUAAUUAAGAAAUAAACUAAUUGUAAGGAUGCAUUCAUACAUAUUUUUUUUAUCUGAAAUGGUGAUUCCAAUUUGUUGUGGUAAUACAACAAUAGAAAUUUCUUGCCUUGUAGACUACAUUUUUCAGGUGCAUUUUGGUCAAUAAAAUUCCUACUGUUCUGUCCUUUAUGCCAUUGAG